AUGGUCAGUGUCAUACGGGCCGAGCGCAUUCAGUUUCACAGGGCCACAAUGUUGAUGCUGGGUGGAAUCGUCCUCCUGCACAUAACCACCAUCAUCCUGCUGCUGGUGGCCACUAUUGAUAAUGCCUGGUGGAUCUCUGAUGCGGUCUCCACUGACCUGUGGGGCAGAUGGGAGAUGACCAACAAAGUCUGGCACUACACCAACCUGAAAAACUAUCCAGAAGAAUUUCUCCAGACCGUUCAGGCCACAUCGGUGCUCGCCUGCAUUUUCGCUAUACUGGCCUUGUUUGUGUUUGUUGCCCAGCUCUUCACUCUUCCCAAAGGCCAGAGGUUCACCUUCACUGGCAUUCUACAAGCUAUCUCCAGCCUGUGCAUAAUGAUAGCAGCCUCGAUCUACACGGCUGAGUUUCACACCAAGGAGACGGAGGGAGGCUACGGCCACUCCUACGUUCUGGCCUGGAUCUCUUUUGUCUUCACCGUUCUUUUAGCAAUCACCUACUUUGUCUUACGGAAAAAGAGCGAGUGA